AUGUUCCACCACGUUAACGGCAAGAAGUGCUUCAGCAUCGAGUCUCUGGUCGGGAAGGAGGCGAGCGGCCACCCCGGCUCCGGGGACGAGCUCAUCCGGCCCACGGCGCUCCGGUUCCCGGAGUCCCUGCACCCCCCGGGGGUCUUCGGCUCCUGCUUCCAGGGGAGCGGAGGGAGGACUUUAUACUCGGCCGGGCCGGACAUGUUGCUCCAGGAGUCCGGGACGCACGCGCACAGCCCCGGCGCGCUGCACCCGCUGCAGAUGCCCCCGCAGAGCUUCUUCAGCCCGCACCGGGAGGCGCUGAGCUUCUACCCCUGGGUGCUGCGGAGCCGGUACCUGGGCCACCGGUUCCAAGGAGACGACGGCGGGCCGGAGAACCUGCUCCUCCACGGCCCGUUCUCCAGGAAGCCCAAAAGGAUCCGGACCGCCUUCUCCCCGUCUCAGCUGCUCCGCCUGGAACGGGCCUUCGACAAGAACCACUACGUAGUGGGAGCAGAGAGGAAGCAGCUGGCCAGUGGGCUGUGCCUAACGGAAACACAGGUGAAGGUCUGGUUUCAGAACCGCAGGACGAAGCACAAGCGUCAGAAGUUGGAGGAGGAGUCUCCUGAAGCUCAGAUGAAGAGGAAAGGAAGUCAGCACAUCAACCGCUGGAGAGCAGCCACACACCAGCCGGGGGGGGAGGGGGGGGGGGAGGACGUGGACGUCCUCAGUGAGGACUAG